AUGAAUCGAAUUCAUGCACUUUUCUAUGCCACCCCACCAAGAACAACGAUUUCCUGCCAGAAAUUGUCAGGUUGGAAGGAAAAUAAGAAGCGGCUUACAGUAGGCCUUUUGUGCAAUGCCAAUGGAACAGACAAGUGGUCUGACAUAUUGAUGAUUGGUCGCAAAGAAGACCAAACUUACAACAGUAAUGUCUGGAUGACACAAUCCAUCUUCUAUGUUUUUCUCCGUCGCUUUAAUCAUAUAAUGAAAGCACAAAACUGCAAAGUGUUUUUGAUCCUCAAUAAUUUCUCUGGCCAUAUAGUAGAUUAUACGCCUACAAAUGUUGAGCUUCUUUUUCUGCCUCCAAACACCACGUCCUACCUUCUGCCAUUGGAUGGUGGUAUCAUUUGGGCUUUUAAGGCUUAUUUCAAGCAUAAACAGUAUGCCAAGGCAUAUCAAGAGGCUUGGGAAUCUGUCUCAGCAAAGACUAUUGAGAACUGCUGGAAUGCAACAAUAUUUCGCUUCAUUGAAGACAAAGAUAGUGAAGAUAUUAAUGUAAACCAGGCUAUGAUUCAGCAAAGUCUGGCUGAAAAGGUUCUGGUCGAGGGUUUGGAAGAAGCCCUAGACAAGAUUGCCAGAUCAGGUCUUCUGUCUCUUGAAGAUUAUCCAACCAGCAAAUCAGAUCCACUCUAUGAGAGACAAUGCACUCAUAGAGUGAUCAAUGAGAAUGAGAUUGCUGACAUUGUUAUGGAAGAGUAUGACGCAGAUGACAAUGCAGCUAACAACAACAGCAAUGAAGAAAUUGCUGAAGUGGAAUCAGCAGUUCCUUUCAAGAGAACUUAUUCUACUUUGGAAAAGUUUGAGUGUGUUUGCAUGCUUUUGGAUAUCUUGGAAGACAAGGAUAUUGACAGAGACUUCGUCAGUAAGGUUGAAGACCUUAGAAACAAGUUCCAGAAAACUACAAACUCAAAGUAA